CACAUCAUCAUGCGACUUGCGGACACAGGCGCUCGGCUCGCAUUUAACGCGGCGCACGCCGCACAAACGCCGCCUCCUCCUCCUCCACCACCAGCAACAUCCACUCCAUCAUCUAGGACUCCACGCCCGUUGCCAUUUAAACCAAAAGAGCGGUUGCCUGCUAACGUCGGCAGCAGGAGAUUUCAUCCGCAGGCAUCGGUGGCGAACGAACGACCGAGCCGUGGCGUUCGCGAAGAAGAGGCGAACGCGCGUGGAUUCGGCCACGGAGGAAGAGCGCACGAGCAGGGAGGCAGCGAGGGAGGAGGCUCCGGGGGCUGCCCGUGCCAGGGACGGUGUCCACAACCAAGGGGUUAAUGUCAUAGCAACGGCUGGGUCCGCUCUGUGGUACUCGGACUCCUCCCUCGGUCCACGAGCCGAUUGGACGUCGAGGCUUCGGGGAGAGGUUGACGAGCCAGCCGUCCUCGUCGAGAGAAGGGGCCGUUCGCUCCGGGCUUUCGGCUCCGGGAGCCGGCGUGGAGGAGGAGGGAGGAGGACCCGGGAGAGAGUGGCAGCGCCCGGGGUGGACCAGAGAGAGGGCAGCGGUUACUGGCUUCUUGCGGUCUCACUGCCCAUCUCUCUCUCCAUCUCCAUCUCGCUCUCUCCCCCACCUCUCUCUCUCUCUCUCACGCUCCGUCUAAUUAUGACGAAUCGGGGGAGGAGCGCACAGCUCUCGGAGUGCAAGAAGCAGAGGACGGUCCGUGGACCCCCCGCUCUGAUGCCGCAUCCGCAGUAGUGGGGACGGGAGAGGCUCGAGCAGAGAGUGUCGCGGGCUCGCCAAGGCUCGGCGCAUCGCGGCAGAUGUUGAAUUUCGUGUAAACUGCUGCUGCCGCUACCGCGCGAAUAGCGGACAACCUUUUGCCUUUCUGCCGUGGUGGCCAGGCGGCGGAUUACAAAGGUCGCCUCGUCUCGGAGUGGCCGAGCUGCUGAUGCUGCUGCGACAGGGAGGGAAAUGACGAACUUAAGGGCUGCGGGGACGUCGCCCGUGUGACAGCAGGGAUCGGCAGCUCCGCACGAGUCCUGGAUCUAUGACAAGCCUCACGAGGAGCAUGCGGAGCUGAGGGCACCCGGCGGUGCCGCGAGAGCAGCGAGAGUGGGGAGAGAGAGCGAGUGGAGAGGGGAGAGAGAGCGAGAGAGAGGAGGGAGCGCGCCCUGGAGGAGGGAUCUCGACUCGGCGCCAAACUGGAGAACCUCGAGCAGCUCAUCAAGCAUAUGCGCGAGGCUGCUGAGAGGAGGCAGCAGCUGGAGGCAGAGCAUGAGGAGGCACUGGCCGUGCUCCGAGCCAAGCAGGACGAGAUCACGUUCCUCCAGAAGGUGGGCGUCCUCUCCCGUCCUCUUCCCUCGCCCGCCCGCACGGCUCAGGUGGAAGCUAAGAAGGAACAUGAGGGAGCAGUUCACCUGCUCGAGAGCACCCUGGAUACCAUGCAGGGGAAGGUGCGGGAGCUCGAGGAGAAGUGCCGCGUGCAGAGCGAGCAGUUCAACCUCCUGUCCCGCGAACUCGACCGCUUCCGCGUCCAGGCCGGCAAGAUGGAGCUGCUGACGAGCGGUGGUAGCGGCGGCGGCGGUGGCCUCGCCACGGAGCCACAGGGCUCUCCCAGCAAGGCCUACGGGGGCCUGGUCAACGGACUCGCGCCCAGUUUCGGCCUCGGGCCGGACGGGCUGAGUGAGAAGUCGGAGCGCCUCUCCGUAUGGAGCCCAAGUCGCUCGCUGUCGGGCCGGAGCAGCCCCCGCCGGUCCCUCCCGAACGAGGUGGACACGGCGAGCGAGGCCGAGGACCUGGACCUGGACCCUGUGACGCUGUCAGGCCCCUUGGGGACGAGGCACCGUGGGAAGCUGCAGGUGUUCAUCGCCCGAUACAGCUACAAUCCGUUCCACGGCCCCAACGAGCACCCGGAGGCCGAGCUGCCGCUGACGGCGGGGGAGUACCUCUACGUGUACGGCAACAUGGACGAGGACGGCUUCUACGAGGGCGAGCUCGUGGACGGCCGCCGGGGCUUGGUGCCGUCAAACUUCAUCGAGCGCGUGCGCGACGACGAGAUGUCGGCCUUCCCCGGGUCCCCCGAGCUCGGAGACCUCUCCCAGAAUUCUCCAAACCGCAGCCGCGACUCCGACGGCCGAGCUGCAGAACGGAGCCGGGGCUCGGAGCCACACAGCGCCGGCAGCGUGGAGCUCAGCCGUGCCGACUCCAGCCUGAGCGGCAGCACCUGCGGCAAGUCCUGCAACGGGCUGGGUGUCGGCGAUCACGGGGGCGCCGACGUCAGUGGCGCCGGCGGCACGACGGACGCGUGUGAGCAAUCGUCCGUGGACCCCGAGUACGUGGGCGUCCCAUACCCGCGCAACAUCAGCGUCAUCAAGCAGCUCGCCAAGAGCGUCAUCGUCGGCUGGGAUCCGCCGGCCACUCCGCUUGGGCCCGGCGUGGGCUUCACGGGCCGCAUCGAGUGCUACGCCGUGUCGGUGAACGGGGAGCGCCGCGCCGUCGUGAGGUUCGGCGGCCGGCGACCGCGCGCGUUGCUCGAGAAGCUGGAGCUGGCGCAGGACGGCGCCGCGUACCGCGUCUGUGUGCAGACGGUGGCGAGCAUCACCGCGCAGUUCCCUGGCCCCGUGCCGCAACCGCCGCAGCAGCAGCAGCAGAUGCCACCCUCCGCGAGUGCCGGCCCCGCGCCCACGCCCGGUGGCGACGUCGCGCCCGCGCCGAUGCCCAGAGCCGGCCCCGUGGCCUGCGGCCUGAUGCUGCUGGCCCCCGCCGGUGCCAUCCCCUCUCAGCCGUGCGGGACUCUGGACGGCGUGCCGGCGCUGCAGUACUUCUCCGACCCUCUGCGGUGCACGUCCGUGGUUGGCCGUGGCGCCUCCGUCGCGCCACAGAGCCUCGAGGUGCACCAGGUGACACCGUCGAGCGCCGAGCUGUGGUGGGUGCCGAGCCACAGCGACUAUACGCACGCCGUGUUCGUGGACGGCGUGGAGAAGGAGGUGGUGCGUCCGGGCCGCCGGCACUGCCCACUGACGGGGCUGAGGGCCGGCACGCGGCACCGCGUGCGGGUGGAGGCGCGCCCGCACCGCACGCCCUGGGAGCUCCCGCUGGAGCAGCGCGAGCACCGCGACGCCGUCGUCGAGUUCACCACGCCGCCAGCAGGCCAUGCCCUGGCGCCGCUGGUCGUGGAGGUGAGGCCCGGGCCUGUCCCCGGCAGCCUGUCUGUCAGCUGGACGCCCGUGCAGACGGACCCCGCCGGAGCAUUCAACGGCGCCCCCGUCACCGGAUACGCCAUCUUCGCCGACGGACAGAAGGUCAUGGAGGUGGCGUCGCCGGUGGCCGGAAACGUGGUGCUGGAGCCGUCGCACCUCCCAGCCGGCGUGCCCCGCACCAUCACAGUGCGGACACUCUCCCCGCAAGGCGAGUCGGUUCACUUCGGCGUCGCCACCGUCAUGCCCGAAGCGAUGCAGCAGAACCUGCAAGGCCAGCAGCAGCAGCAGCAACAGCAGCAGCAGCAGAUGCAGCAGCAGAUGCAGCAGCAGAUGCAGCAUCAGCAGCAGCAGCUCGCGCAGCAACAGAUGCAGCAGCAACAGAUGCAGCAACAGAUGCAGCAGGUGCAGCAGAUGCAGAUGAAUGCGCAGCGGCUGUGCGGCGUGCCGGGCUACGCGGCCGUGCCGCUGCCACCCCGGGAAGGCCCGGCCGAGGGCAUUCCCUCGGGCAGACGUGGACUCCCGACUGCCCCUCAGGUGGUGCCAGACGCCAUGGAGAGGCUCCACGCUCCGGAGGUGGCGCUGCCGCUGCAGGAGGCUUCGGCGAACCAGACGGACGGACAGAUCCGCUGGAGCAAUGGCGGCGGCGGCGGUGGCGGCUCGGGAAGCAACGGCCGGUCCCCUCUGCCAUCGCCGCACCGCCUGCUGCCGGCCACGUCAGGCCUGGUGGGAGCGGCGGGGCAGGAUGGCUCCCAGGUGGCGCAGAAGGCCCUGCCGAGGCCCGACCAGUCGAGGGGGCCGCCCUCGUCGUCGUCGUCGCGAGCGCCGCUCUCGUACCCGCGGUCGGACGACCCCGACGUGCCGCCCACCAUCGCGCGCGCCAUGGCCCACGAGGCCGCGCAGAAGAGCGGCAAGCGCAACAAGAAGGAGCGAGGAGGGGUCUUCAGUGCUGGCGAGCGACCGGGGGAUGAGAACUCGGAAGAGGAGGAGGAGGAAGGGGGGGAGCGCUACGGGACCCCCACGUCCAAGCGGCCCGGGGCCUCUGUCGAGGAUUUCCUCAAGGGCCCGCGCAGGGAGCGGCAGCAGCAGCAGCAGCACUACAGCAUGGAGGAGGAGGACGACUUUGGUCAGCAGCACUACGGCUCGCAGAAGGCCUACAAGAAGUCACACUACAAGCCGGGCGUGCCGGCGGACGAUUACCGGCAGCCGUGCUACGAGUACGACCACCAGCAGCACGAGCAGUAUGACCUGGAGGAGGAGGAGUACAGCACAGCGCACCACGGCCGCUAUGGGCCUUCUUCCCCACCAGACGACUACGAUCAGGGCCACUACGACCCGGCGAUGGAUGAGUACAGCCAUGCGCGUGGCGGCGGCGGCGGUCGCGGAGGUGGCGGUGGCGACUGCAGCGACGGUGGCGGCGGCGGUCCGGCCGACGAGUACGUGACCGAGAGCAGCCGAGGGUCGGACCUCUCGGACAUCCUGGAGGAGGACGAGGAGGAGGAGAUGUACUCGGAGAGCCAGCGGGGACACGAGGACGGCCACGUCCGCCGGAGGGCCAGCCUCACUCACGGACAAAAUAAGGGCUACGGAGGAGCCCCGCAGUCCGGAGCGUCGCGACGAUCAUCGCUGGAGAAGUCCGAGCAGGGACACCGCCCGCUCUCACGCAACCCCACGCCGCCGCGCAACCCACGGCCCAUGACGGUGCCCUCCAUCGAGAUCACCGGCGACAGCAACAGCGAGGGCCGUCCAUCCCCGGACCGCGACGUCGGGUACUACGGCGACGCUGGGGGCCGCCGGGGCCGCCCGUCUCGGAGAGGCUGGCGGGAGGAGAGCGAGCUGGACGGAGGCUACGACCACCGGAGGCUCCGCAUCUUCGUGGGUCUCUUCGACUACGACCCCAUGACGAUGUCCCCCAACCCGGACGCCGCUGACAUCGAGCUGCCCUUCAAGGAGGGGCAGAUCAUCAGGGUGCACGGCGAGAAGGACGGGGACGGCUUCUACCGCGGAGAGGCGCUGGGCCACAUGGGGCUGGUGCCGUGCAACAUGGUGUCUGAGAUCGAGGCCGACGAGGAGACCGCGUCGCACCUCCUCAAGCAGGGCUUCCUGCCGCCCAACUCCGGCGUCGAGAGGAAGGUCAUGCGAGAAGCUUACAGGGAAAUUGCACGCUCACUGAGCAGGAGGUCCAAAAAGUCCAAACGAGAGCGGAACCGCGCGGGAGGGCGCCUCGCCUCGGUGGCCACGCGGCGCAUGGUGGCGCUCUUCGACUACGACCCGAGGGAGAGCUCCCCCAACAUCGACAUCGAGAUGGAGCUGACGUUCUGUGCGGGCGACAUCAUCUUCGUGUACGGGGAGAUGGACGAGGACGGCUUCUACUACGGGGAACUGAAUGGAAUGAGAGGCCUUGUUCCAUCAAACUUCCUGGAGGAAGUUCCAGACGAUGUAGAGGUCACACUGAGCGAGGCAGGCACCUCACCGCCCCUGUCGCGAUACCCGCCCCCGCCACGCGACUCCCGGGAUCCGCGCGAGCGGAGGGACCCCCCGCACCGCGACCCCCACCGCGACCCCCACCGCGAUCCGCCGAGGGAGCCCCCGCGGGACCCCCACAGGGAGCCCCCCCACAGGGAGCGGGAGGCACGCGAGCCCAGGGACCUUCGCGACCUCCGUGACCCCCGCGACGCCACUCACCGCAAAGAUAAACGGGCGGAUCGGGCGGCCAGGAUGGGCGCCUCGAGGGCGAUGACCUCUUCGUCGCCGGGGUCCUCGUCAGCCGGGUCACCUACGCGCGCACGCGGAGCAGGCAGCCCGUCGAGCAGCCGGGACGGCUCUCCGGGGAAGCGGCGUGGCCUUCUGUCCAAGGGCAAGAAGCUGCUCAAGAAGCUCGGCAAGUGAAGAGGGUGGUGGCCCUUGUCGACGGAUGACGAGGAAGAAAGAGCUUGGCACUUAGAAACUGCCGAAGAGCGAAAUGAUCAUAACCCCCGAGAGGUCAAAGAAUUGUCCUUCAUAGUUGUUGAGAAGGAAGACGAGUGGCAGCGACGACUUUAAGUGCACAAAGCGGAGAAGAAAACGGGGUUCCUCUACUCUGUGGGGGUUCGGCCGCAGUUGCAUAGAUGUGCACAUUUGGACUUCUUCAUGCCAAACGAGAGCCCACGUAAAAAGGACAUUUGAAUUUCCAUGCACCGAUGCAUUCCUUUAUAUUCUCCAGCAUGUGUUGUAGCAUACAGUGUCGCUGCGUUGUGUUUUUGGACAAAUACGGAGGAACCUGCGCUUGUGGACGUUGGUGAUAUUUACAGGGGAAUUCCAAGGAAAUUGGUGCAUUUUGCACGGGAAUGGCCGAAACAUUGUGGACACUGACAUUCAUCGGCGGCAAAAAAAGCACCCUACAGCAGUGCCCAAGAGCUUCAAGAUGUAGGGCUUUGUUGAAUCUCGUUUAAGUUGCAUUCUUGAGGGUUAAAGACGUUUAUUUUUAAAUCAUUGUUUAAAAAAAAAAAACCUGCUUCUAAUUUUACCAAAUACACAGUUGUAAUUUCAAAGGAACGUGUAAAUCAUCCUAACAGGACCAGCAAUCACCAUCAAGGGACUUGUGAGCCCCCUGCCGUGCAGCUACUCGGGACAGCACACAUAGGGUCCGUGCCAGGAUUGGGAAAGCAUGUGUUCGUGCGUGCGUGCGGUGCGUGGUGCGUGGGAGCGAGCGAGCGAGUGUGCGUUCGUUAGCGCGCGAGAAGCUGUGCCUAAAGAUGCGAGGGAGUACUGCUCUGCGCCUGACGCCGACAAAGCCACGGCGCGGACUUCUCGGCGGAAAGGAUCCGCGUGAUAAGUUUGUAUUUGUGCUGCAUUGGACCUCGAACUUAUUCCUGUUUUGUCGUGCGGAGAUGCAACGAAGGUGGCAAAAAAUAUAUAUCGUUUUUAUGCACAAAAAAAUUACAUUUUCAAAUGUUCACGUGCAACGGACCUGACGAAUAUGAACCAUGUGCAUGAAGUGAAUGUCCCCGCCGUGGGGUGUGGUGCCCACGCUGCCCCAGCUCUGACAAGCCAUCGCUCCACACCACCACUACAGUGUUCCCACAAGGCCCCGUGGACCGACGCGACACACGGCCGAGUCAAGCCCUGCUUCCGUGUUCUCUGCUUUAAGUGAUAACGAUGGCCAUAUUUACAAGUCUAAGCCUCAGGGUUAAACACACGUACGUACACAGCAUGUCGGCAGACUCUGCCCAGCCUUAAGUGCGCAGUUUUCCCCUGGGAUUCGGAUUCUGUCCUCUUGCCAGUAACUUUCGGCAGACCUUCCUUGACCGUCCUGUGCUUGAAGCAGUAUUAGUCGUUCUGUAUCCCACGAUAUUACCGUACACUGCAGUGCAUUCCGUGUUGCACCCCUAAGAUUCGUUCAGUGGUGGUAACAAACGCGGCACUACCGUGCUCAUCCUCACUGCGUUAGGCCGUGGUGGUGGCCCCUGACCCUUCCCAGGUAUUGCACCCUCCUAGAGUUCUCCUUUUUAAAGUCCCAUUGAGCGUCACUGCGUUCCACGACUGUCUACGGUGCUUAAUGUUAGUUACAAAAAAGUGUUAGCAGAAUUCCAGAUUCAUAUCAAUGUCACAUCUGUGUUUGUGCCGCUGGUGAAAGAUGGCAUCAGUAUAGAAGAGGACCCUGGCAGUGUGGUCUUAACCCGAUGGGUGAACGUCCUUUCAGACGUCCCUGCGCUUACACAUUGCAGAUAACGCGUGCUGGUGACCGAUAGCAAAAAAAAAAAUCUGUAAAUGUUGCUGCCACCCACUACUAGCCCACGUACUCGCUAACCUCACUCCAGUGACUCUUGCGUGCCCCCCCCCCCCCCCGUACUACUGUGUUGACAUUUUUGGGCAAUGCAAAAAAAAACUAACUUUGGAUUGAGUUUCUGACCUUCUUUUCUAAACUUAACUUUUAACAGUGAAUGGCCAUAGCACAAGGCGGAGGCUGUAGUCUUAUACAUAUGAUGAAAAUAGCAUGCUCGAUUGUUAUUGUCGCUCUACUUGUGCUUCUUUUGUACAUUAUUGUUGGUAUUUUUAAAAAAAGGCCUGUUUUAUUCGUUGUUUUCCCAAACACCGGAGUGUAACGCUACCCUAUGUGUUUAUGGAAGGAGUAUCAGAUUUGAUGUGAAGGCAUAUGGGAGCCACGUGUGAGGCACAGUGGCGGUGGAGCGAUGGGGCGAGUGGUUGCGACACAGUCCAGACCACGCGGGAAUGGGAACCAGGUUUUCCCGGAUUCUUUUGCCCCUCGAGGCUUGAAGAGUCGAGUGCGAGAGUGUACGUGUGUGAAAGUGCAAUACCAAUGUCGCAUAUAAUUUGUUCAACAUUCUUUUCAAUAAUACAUUCGAGGAGCAGAGCACACCACGUGGUAUAGAGUACUUUAAAUGGAUGUGUUUAAACACAGCAGUGAUCUCACCAAAUAAUUUCCGGACAUUGAAAAUUCAUGUCUCAGUUUUGUGAUCCUGUUAAAAAUGUAGGAAUUUAGCACUUUGUGCAAUGCUGAAGGGAAUUUCACUAAUCCUUAUAAAUAUUCUUCAAGUCAAAUCAAACUGCACAUUGUGAAUGAGACGACCUAUCCCCCCACAGGAUUAACAGUUUAAACAUCGAAUAAUAUAGACGUUUUUACAACUCCAUCAAACCUGCUGGGUGGCGUGGGUGGUGACAGCACUUCACUCGUGGUCAGAAGGUUGCGAAACAGUGAGCGCAUCGUCCCUCUGCCGUCGGUAAAAUAAGUGGGAAGUUAACGGCGGUUGUCCUUUGGAGAGACUGGCCCCUGCAAUGUGAAUGUAGAAUUUCCACCACUGGCUUAGAAACCGCAAGAUGGAGAUGAGCGCAUCAAUUGCUCGUUCGUUACCAGGGCUCUUCAUACAAUGGUGGGUAAUUGCUUUUGUGUCAGAGGUCGCAAACGGGUUUUGAUUCCUUACCCGUACCCGGCCGCACCAAGGUCGCAAACGGGUACCCGUACCCGGCCGGGUACGGGUAGCCGGGUAUCGGGUAGGGUACGGGUAUCGGGUACCCGGUUGCGACCUCUGUUUUGUGUCUAACAGCCGUAGGCUAAUGGCGAGAACUAAGGUGGGGCUUGCUGCGUUCGUGUUUACAGGAACGCCAACUGCUGUCCAGCACGGGGCUUGCUUCCCCUUGGCUGCGCGUGCCCACCGGCUUGUCUGUGCUCGAGACCCUCGUCGGGGGAGGAGGCCGACCGUUAAUGCCGAGACUCGGGGAUAGGAAGGGGGCUCUCGCUUGGAGGUUUUUCAGUGACGGCCCUCGGAGUUCGGGCUGGAGGGUGGCUGCUGAUGUUGCGCGUCGUCACCGCGUGCGCUUGGAUCAUUUCCAGGGCUCCCCAGAGCUGGGUGGGAAAAUGUAGCAUUUUGGCCCGGGCCUCGCACAAAAAAGAGGGCCCUCAACGAGCCAGUUUCUUUUGCCACAUAUGAAUAAAGGGGUCCCACAUGGCAUUCUACCCUGGGCCUUCAACCCCGGACAUCCUGGAACCUCUGGGCAUCCCUGAAAUUUGUCUGUUUCAACAGGUAAAUGCUUUGGCAGCGCAUUUGAAUGGUCUCUGCUUAAGCUUGAACUUUUACAUUUUCUAUUCUAUUCUGGACUUAUGAAGCGCCUUUCACCGAGGAGCUUGACAAUGCUUGCCGACUGGUACAAAAUGGAAAAAUAAGGGAAGGAUGGGCUCGUACGGCCGUUAGUAAUCAGGUUUGGAAAAGGACUGAGAUAUGGCAGCAGGGGAAGGAGGCGAUGGUGCAGGGGGUUGAAAGAGUAAUGGGUGGAGUGUGAUAGCGCAUGAGGCUGAUAGAAAGGGGUAGCGUGAAGGUGGAUGGUAUGAUAUGAAGUGAGUGCACGGAAUGAUAGGGUAAAUGGGUUGCUAGCCUGAGCGUAAAUGAGAGUAGAUUGAGGGAGCAGGGGCAGUGGUGGUGUGGCGGUCAAGCAGUUGAACUGCCCUGAAGGGCAGGGGUAAAGCAAGGUUCA